UUUGCAAAUCACUUGAUUAGCCUUUGAUCGGUAUAGGCCUGCGAAGCGACGCUUUUGUCACAUUCAGAGCAUAUACAGGUCUUUUAAUGAGCUUAGGUGUGUCAUGAGUAACAGGGGAAAACGUGGGCAGAAAGGACCAAAUGUGGUUUUCAGCUAAGAAAAGUCAGUGGUUGUUCUUGCUUAUCAGUUACUGUCUGCUCACAGAAUAAAUACCCUAAGUAAAAAAGAAUAAAAAUAUGGGAAAACUAGGUCUUCUUGUCAAAUCGUGUAAUGCCAGGGUCAGUUAGAAUAGCGUCAAAGAACUUUUUUCUUUCACGUCAUAUCCAGAAAGAUCUUACUGUCCUUGAAAAGAAUUGUUUCUGAAGACCAUGCAUCUGAUUUGGUUACAUGGAGAAAUUCUAGAGUCUCCUGGUUGGGCGAGCCGGUGGUGACUGCGGGGGUGGAGCCCCUGUGCGGUGCCCAGCAUGGACGGUUACACGGUCCUGAGAGUGAUCGGGGAGGGCUCCUUUGGCAGAGCCCUUUUGGUUCAGCAGGAGAGCAGUAAUCAGAUGUUUGCCAUGAAAGAAAUAAGGCUUCCCAAGUCUUUCUCUGACACACAGAAUUCUAGGAAGGAGGCUGUUCUGUUAGCCAAAAUGAAACACCCCAAUAUUGUUGCCUUUAAGGAAUCAUUUGAAGCUGAAGGACAUCUGUAUAUUGUGAUGGAGUAUUGUGAUGGAGGGGACCUGAUGCAGAAGAUUAAACAUCAGAAAGGGAAAUUGUUUCCUGAAGAUAUGAUACUUAAUUGGUUUACACAAAUGUGCCUUGGAGUAAAUCACAUUCACAAGAAACGUGUGUUACACAGAGAUAUCAAGUCCAAGAAUAUCUUCCUCACCCAAAAGGGAAAAGUAAAACUGGGUGACUUUGGAUCUGCCCGUCUUCUCUCCAGUGCCAUGGCGUUUGCUUGUACGUAUGUGGGAACACCUUACUAUGUGCCCCCAGAAAUUUGGGAAAACAUGCCUUAUAACAAUAAAAGUGACAUCUGGUCCUUGGGAUGCAUUCUCUAUGAACUCUGUACCCUUAAGCAUCCAUUUCAGGCAAAUAGUUGGAAAAGUCUUAUCCUCAAAAUUUGUCAGGGGUCCGUGAGCCCACUGCCAUCCCAUUAUUCCUAUGAGCUUCAGCAUCUGAUCAAGCAGAUGUUUAAAAAGAAUCCCUCAUAUCGCCCUUCAGCUACAACUCUUCUCUCCAGAGGCUCUUUAGCUCGGUUCAUCCAGAAGUGCUUACCCCCAGAGAUCAUCACAGAAUAUGGUGAACAGGUAUUAGAAGAAACCAAAAAAUCUAUGCAUAGUACACCAAGAAAAAAGGACCCCAGCAGAAUCAGGAUAGCUUUGGAAAAUGAAGCAAGCAUAGUGCAAAGCGAAGAACCAGGUGGAAAGUGCAGCCACACUGACUUAGAAAGCAUUAAUAAAAAUUCGGUUGAAAGUGCACUGAGAAGAGUAAACAGAGAAGAGAAAGCCAGUUCACCAGGUCCUCUCAGGCGACAGUGGGAGAGAAACGUAUCCAGUACAGCUCUUACAGCUUUGGAAAAUGCAUCCUUACUCACCUCCACUUUAACGGCAGAGGACGAUAGAGGUGGUUCUGUAAUAAAGUACAGUGAAAAUAAUACCCGUAAGCAGUGGCUCAAAGAGACUCCUGAGACCUUGUUGAACAUUCUUAAGAAUGCUGACCUCAGCUUGGCAUUUCAAACAUACACAAUAUAUAGACCAGGUGCAGAAGGGUUCUUGAAAGGCCCCCUGUAUGAGGAAACAGAAGCAUCAGACGAUGUUGAUGGAAGUCAUGAUUCUGUCAUUUUGGAUCCAGAGAGACUCGAACCUGGACUGGAUGAGGAGGAUACGGACUUUGAGGAAGAUGACAGUUCUGACUGGGUAUCAGAGCUGAAACAGCGAGCUGGCUGGCGAGGAGUGUCUGAUGGAUAACGCCCAAGGAGACGUUCCGUAGUCACACUGAGGAGAUGUUUAACAUGAGGAAUUGAUAUUUGGAUAAUACUUAACUCACGGGAUGUGUAUUUUCCUUUAGAAACAGAGUGAAGAGAGGGAAACUGAAUAUUUAAAAUUAUUCCUGGUUAGUAUGAUAAGGUAUAAAAAAUCUAGAACUCUUACGAGUUUUUGAAUUCAGAGGAGAAGGCAUAGCAGAAUGGGUAUGAGGUUUGGGCUUUGAGGUCAGAACAGCAAUUGAAUGCUACCACCUACUGCUUGGGUGACUGUGAGAAAUGACUUAACCUCCUUGAGCCCGAAUUUCCUCAACUACAAAAUGAGGAUAACAAUGCCUACCUCAUAGGGAGGCUGACCUCAGACCAUCACGGCAGCCCUUAAUGUUAUUAUUUGCAUUGUUAUGAUUUAUGCUUAUUACUAUGUAUCUCUUUUUAUAUCUCCUAAAGGUUUGAGGAUCUAAAUAUAUUUAAUUAUAACAUAAUAA